ACCUGGAAAGUCCCGGGCAGAGAGAACCUGUGCUGACGGUGUCCGCGGGCAGAGGCACGGAGCAGCUGGUCGGCGUGUGCAGCGCUCAGGACUCGCACCGACAUGACGCUGCUGGACGAGCGGCUUUGGUCGCUGUUUAAGCGCCACCUGCAGCAAACUCUCACCUACUGGAGUGUGUUCUUCAGCUUCGGUCUGUGCAUCGCCUUCCUGGGACCCACCAUCCUGGACCUGAGGUGUCAGACCCAGUCCACCCUGCAGCAGAUCACCUGGGUCUUCUUCUCCCAGCAGUUCUUCCUGCUGGUGGGCAGCAGCCUGGGGGGGCUCUUAAAGAAGACACUCCUGUCCUCCCUGUCAGCCCUCCUCUCCAGCACUCUCAUCAUCUCGCUCGUGUUUGCCAUCAUACCGCUGUGCCACCACGUGGUGCUGUUAUCUGUCGCCAUGGCGUUGGCUGGCCAGGCCAUGGGGGUGACUGACACCAUCGCCAACCUGCAGCUGGUGAAGCUGUACCAGAAGGACUCCGCCAUCUUCCUGCAGGCCCUGCAUUUCUUCAUAGGCCUGGGAGCACUGGUCAGUCCCCUGGUAGCUGAUCCUUUCCUGGCAGAGGACAGCUGUGUCCUAGGUGCCAACUGGACCGCCAACUCAUCCUCUUCCUCGGACCUACAGCACCUCCGCAGCAGCCUGGCCGGGCAAGGAGCGGCGCUACACAACAUCUCCCAGUAUCCUCUGCACACCGAGGGUGUAGUCAUCACCAGGGUGUCGUACGCUUUCUGGAUCAUGGCUCUUAUCAGUGUGACUCCUGUGCCAGCAGCAGUGCUCGCAUUGAUGUACCAUGAGCGACUGUUGCCUUGCUCCAGCAACAGUCCACGUCUGCUUGACAGAGACUCUUUGUCCAGCACUGGGGACAGUGGUCAAGGUCAUGGGAGUUUGUUUGGUUGCUGUAACGCUGCCAAACUCCGGGGUCGCCCUUCAACUUUCUUCAUCCUCCACACUCUGGGCGGGGCCAUCCUCUUCAUCACUGAUGGGAUUAUAGGCUCCUACGCUGGCUUUGUCUACACCUACGCGGUGUCCCCUCCGCUGCUGAUGGGUCAUAAGACUGCAGGCUGUCUGGACAGUAUAUUCUGGGUCUCCAUCACAGUGGGAAGACUGGCUUUCAUCUACUUGUCCUACAGAUACACACCACCCAGGCUGCUCACCUUCAGUCUGGUGGGGGUCAUACUGGUGCAGUGCCUGUUGUUGAUCUUCUACACCAGCUGUGUGUUUCUCUUCAUCGGUACUUGUGUGCUGGGACUGUGCAUCAGCAGUGUGUUCCCCUCCAUGCUGGCCUUUACAGAGGACAUACUAGACUACAAAGGUUGUGCUACAACUGUCCUGGUGACCAGUGCCAGCACAGGAGAGAUGAUGCUGCAGCUGCUCGUUGGAUCGGUGAUCCACAGUCAGGGCAGUUAUGCUUUCCUGUUGUGUUCUACAAUAGCGUCAUUCAUCGGCUUCUGCCUGUUCCUGCUGUUCCUCUACGUCCAGCACAUCCACAGAAACUGCCACGCAGAUUUGUCUAAAAACUCAGACACGGAGAAGCCAAAUACAGGAGGCUCAUGAUCUGCAGGUCCCUGCGAGACUGAGGGGGGAGACCAGAGAACACAAAUGAUCAAAUGCUGAGGACGAUGGGAAGGGACAUUCCCACAUCUUACCCCAGCUUUAUCCUGGCCUCCUCCACCUGCACAUUUUUGACCUAAAGAGAAGCCUGAUGAUCAACAAGCCGCUCAAUGGACGACCAGUACAUGACUUCAUUUCAUUUUUGACACAAUCAUCUCUUGCAGCACAUUAUAACUCAGCUGUAGCUUGAUUAAAAAGAUACUUUAAUGAUUAAGUAUUGCCUUUUCAGUGUGAAUGUGAAAGGACUGUGGAGGAAAAAGUCUCGUAUGAUGUUUAUGUCAAAACACCUGCGACAUAUUUGAUUGCUACUGUAAAAAAAAAAUUAAAAUACUCAUAUCAGCCUG